UCCCAUGGCACCUGUUACAGAAUUCCAUUGCUAACUUCUUCACCUCCUCCCCAUCUCCCCCAUUGAGACCGUUGCUGGGUGAUUUUUGCUGGGUAUGUAUCUUUUCUUGGAGUGGUUUCCUGGGCACUGAGAGUGGGUUCUCCUGGUCCCAGCUCUCCCCAGGGACACUCACUCCAUCCAAGGCAUGGGCUCAGGGAUCUUCCCCUUCAGAUGUGGAGGCAGUUCUGCUCUGAUUAGCUGUCCUUGAGGUUGCCAUCAUUUCUUUAUCAGCAUUUAUAACUUGGUGCUCUGUCCCCGACAGCUCAGGGGAUUGGGUCUUUUUGGUAAAUCUAGCCUGGGGCUGGAGGUAGAGCCUCACUGCAGCCAUUUCUCUGUGUUCCUUAUUGGUGAGCCCCCUUUUUGUGUUCUAGGUCGUCAGACCCCCUGAACUUUGAGCUGUUCUGUUUUCCAGGUUUUCUUCUGUGAACAGAAGAUACUCAGAAAAAAUAAACCCACGUGUACGUUUUGUUCUAACAACUCCAUUUAGCUGUGUGAUGUCUGUGACUCUGACAGAGCCGUCCAUUUUCUCUUCAAGGCCUGGCUUUCCCCAGGUUCGUCAGAGUGGCAGCGUAGUGUGACCUGAAACAGUGGAAGCUCAUGUGCAUGUGGUUUGUUCUUUCUUCCAGGUUGGUCCUACACUUUGGUGGUGGUGGCUUCCUGGCAUUUUAUAAUUGCCAGAUGUGUUGGAGCCCUUCUCCUGUGGUUGAACCUACCUGUGACAUCUUGUCUGAAAAGUUCCAUCGAGGACAAGCCUUGGAGGCUCUGGGCCAGGCUCAGCCUGUGUGCUAUACACUGUUGAACCAGAGAUACUUCUCAGGGUUAGGGAACAUCAUUAAGAAUGAAGCCUUGUACAGAGCCAGGAUCCAUCCCCUUUCUCUGGGCUCGCUCCUGAGUGCCUCUCGCCGGGAGGCCCUGGUGGACCACGUGGUGGAGUUCAGUACGGGCUGGCUUCAGGGAAAGUUCCAGGGCAAGCCACAGCACACGCAGAUCUACCGGAAGGAGCAGUGUCCGGCUGGGCACCAGCUCCUCAAGGAGCCCCUUGGGCCCCCAGGCGGGUUCCAGAGGCUCACCUGGUGGUGCCCGCAGUGCCAGCCCCAGGUGCCCUCUGAGGAGCCACAGCAGCUCCAACACCCCUAGGGCGCUCAAGCUCUUCUUGGUACUUGUCCUUGAGGACCAUGGGGCCUGUGUGUCCAGAAGGGAAGGUGUGGGCAGGGAUUGUGGUGGCCACAGAGGACAGCCUGGGCUGUGAGGUGU